AAAAAACCCUCGCAGAGCAUUUCGUGUUUGGCCGGAUUUGAUAGGCUUAACAGCAUGACAGGUAAGAACUUUCUUUCUUUCUAGUCCCUUCGCGCCCCAGAGUGGGCAGGCCCAAGGGAAACAGGACCCUGGACGAAGGGGAGCCCAGGGACCCGGGUGUCCUUUGGGGUUCACAGGCCCCCCGCCCGGCGGCUGCUUGAGAGAGAGAGAGAGAGAGAGAGAGAGAGGCGCGCAGCCCUCGCUCCUGGACCACGGGGCCAGUGGCUGGAGAAGCUUCUGGGGCGCGCGCGGGGAGGCGGCGCUGCGCUCCACCUGCCUGGCCCGGACGCAGCCCCCGGGGCGAGGCGUCAGGGGACCACCCCAAGUCCAUAUUGGGAUUCUUCCUCCACCCCGGAAUGGGAUUUUAAAGGAUUCAAAACUCGGCUUCUCGGGGCCGGAUGCUGCUGGGAUGGUCCUAGGCUUGCAGGAUUAAGAGCGGCCAGAGGAGGAGGAAAACCUGCGAGACAUUUGCCAUCACGGAUGCAGAGGACACUUGGGAGCGCGGGGCAUUGACUGCUGCUGCCCAGCCGGCCCCUCGUCCCCUCGGCCGGGUCGGGCCCGCGUCCGUGCCCGGGGCUGCCUGGUUCAUGAGCCCGGGGUGAACAGGUGCCGAGAGCGCGGGGAGCCGCGGGGCGGCCGGCCGCCGGGGCCAUGGAGAGCGAGCGCGACAUGUACCGCCACUUCCAGGACUGGUGUCUCAGGACUUACGGGGACUCGGGCAAGACCAAGACGGUGACCCGUAAAAAAUACGAGCGGAUCGUCCAGCUCCUCAACGGCUCCGAGUCGAGCUCCACCGACAACGCCAAAUUUAAAUUCUGGGUCAAAUCGAAGGGAUUCCAGCUGGGCCAGCCCGACGAGGUCCGCGCGGGUGGCGGAGGCGCCAAGCAAGUGCUCUACGUGCCCGUCAAGACCACGGAUGGCGUGGGGGUAGAUGAGAAACUGUCCUUACGUCGGGUAGCUGUGGUUGAAGAUUUCUUUGACAUUAUCUAUUCUAUGCAUGUGGAAACAGGGCCAAAUGGAGAACAAAUUCGGAAACAUGCUGGACAAAAGAGAACUUACAAAGCAAUUUCAGAGAGCUAUGCCUUCCUACCAAGAGAAGCGGUGACACGGUUUCUAAUGAGCUGCUCAGAGUGCCAGAAAAGAAUGCAUUUAAACCCAGAUGGAACAGAUCAUAAAGAUAAUGGAAAACCUCCUACUUUGGUGACCAGCAUGAUUGACUACAACAUGCCAAUUACCAUGGCCUAUAUGAAGCACAUGAAACUGCAGCUGCUGAACUCCCAGCAGGAUGAGGAUGAAAGUUCAAUAGAAAGUGAUGAAUUUGAUAUGAGUGAUUCAACACGGAUGUCAGCCGUGAACUCUGAUCUGAGCUCCAAUCUUGAGGAAAGAAUGCAAAGUCCACAGAAUCUCCAUGGCCAGCAAGAUGAUGAUUCUGCUGCAGAAAGCUUUAAUGGCAACGAGACUCUGGGGCACAGUUCGGUUACUUCAGGGGGAACACACAGCAGGGAAAUGUGUGACUCCAAUGAUAAUGGCAAAACUGGGCUGGAGCAGGAGGAGCAGCCACUGAACCUGAGUGACAGUCCUCUCUCAGCACAGCUGACUUCAGAAUACAGACUGGAUGAUCACAGCAGUAAUGGAAAAAGCAAAUAUAAGAAUCUUCUAAUUUCUGACCUCAAGAUGGAAAGAGAGACAAGAGAAAAUGGAAGCAAGUCUCCUGCACAUAGCUACUCAAGCUACGACUCUGGCAAAAAUGAGAGUAUGGACCGGGGUGCUGAGGACCUGUCUCUUAACAGGGGAGAUGAGGAUGAAGACGACCACGAUGAUCAUGACGAUUCUGAGAAAGUUAACGAGACAGAUGGCGUGGAGGCUGAGCGACUGAAAGCUUUUAAUAUGUUUGUCAGGCUGUUUGUAGAUGAAAACUUGGACCGAAUGGUCCCAAUCUCUAAGCAGCCCAAAGAAAAGAUCCAGGCUAUCAUUGACUCAUGCAGGCGACAAUUCCCUGAGUAUCAAGAGCGUGCCAGAAAACGUAUCCGUACUUACCUCAAGUCCUGCAGGCGGAUGAAAAGAAGUGGUUUUGAGAUGUCUCGACCUAUUCCUUCCCACCUUACUUCAGCAGUUGCCGAGAGUAUCUUGGCUUCGGCCUGUGAAAGUGAGAGCAGAAAUGCUGCCAAGAGGAUGCGUCUGGAUAGACAACAGGACGAGUCUUCUCCCACUGACAAGCAGUGCAAAAUAGAGGCCGCCCAGGGCAGCUACUCAACCUCAUCUGUUUCAGGAUCUCCGGAGGUGUUAUACAUAAAUGGAAAUGGAACAUACAGCUACCACAGCUAUCGAGGGCUAGGAGGGGGACUACUGAAUCUGAAUGAUUCUUCCAGUAGUGGACCCACCGACCUCAGCAUGAAGAGGCAGUUGGCCAGUAGCUCAGGAUCCUCCAGCAGUUCAAGCUCCAGACCCCAGCUGAGUCCAACCGAAAUCAAUGCUGUGAGACAGCUCGUUGCAGGAUAUCGGGAAUCAGCUGCAUUUUUAUUGCGCUCUGCAGAUGAACUGGAAAAUCUUAUCUUACAACAGAACUGAGUCAAAUGAUGACCAUAUUCACUGAGGUCUAAAUUUGCAGUUUCCACUAAUGACAUUUUGAUUCCCCAGCAGAGCUGCUUCUGGUCUUACUGCACAGUCUUUUAAGAGAAAUAUUCCAUUAUGCCACAUUGUCCUUGAUCCAUAAAGUGAUGUGUUAAGGUGCUUCAAAGGAACUCUGCCCUCUGAAGUAAUUGAGGUACUUUAAUCUGUCCAGCCUACUGCUUUUUGUUUUAGUGUGUCAGCAUAAAUAUUUGGGGCAACAACAACAACAACAAAGGCUAUCUAUUUCAGAUUCAAGGAUAAAACAGAAGAAGCUGUGGUAUAAAAAGAUAACUCAAGGUCCAACUGAAAUAUUAGUGGAAUUUGCUACUGACUCAUUGACUGAAAGCUACAGUAUCUGGCAGAAAAAAAGAACCAAAUUUCUUGUUGCUACAGGAUAUAACAACAAUGAAAAGGAUCUUGUAUUUUAAAAAAUGUAAUUUUUAUAAAAAGAAAACUUGUUUUUCAUUCAAAUUUGUCAUUUUUACUUUGGUAACUUUUUCAUAGGCCCUAAGAGAAAACUGUUUUGAGAAACUACUGUAAGUACCUUUUCCACAUCCCUUUGCCUUCUCCUCUUUCCAAAUUCUUUCUACAAAAAGUAACACUUGAUGCUGGAAAAACACUUGCCUACGUUUAAAUCGUCACAUCAGGAACUACUUCCAAGAGAAGCCUGCAUUUCAGACUCAUGCUGAUAACAAGCAUCGCACUCUACACUUCAGCUUUCCUGUAGCUGUUUUAAUCACAGAAUUUAAUAUUUCAAAAGACAUAUCUUUGGGGAAAAAAUUACACCUUUGUUACUACUGCUCACUCCGGGUUCCCGCUGCUGUUACAGGCGUCCUUCUAGCAGCAAUUGGAUGUAGAUGACUGAAUGUUAAGAGGUUGCAAGUGACAAUCUGAAAAUUUGCACUCUUAUGUGUAGUUUUCUUUUUGUUUUCCUUUCAGAAAUAGGUUCCAAAAAGACCAUUACCUCUCCUGAUAUGAUUUGUACAAUUUACAGUUUUAGGUUAAACAGUUAUAAAGAACUCUCUCAGCGGAUGCAGCUGCAACUUACAAUGAACUUGUUGUUCCCUUUGAGUCCUUACACUUUCCCCUUCUUAUUUUAUAGUGUUGGAUACACAUAAAUGGAUGUGGGGAUUUUUGUGCACUGAGGCAAGCCUAUUUUUUAAAUAUUUAGGGAGAAGUACAACGAGUUUAUGCUUCUUGUACAAGUUUUCAGUUCGCUUUCAUUGGAUUACAAAUUUUUUGUGCAUUCCUGAAUUUGCCUUAUUUCAUGUAAAAUUUACGUGUAUUCAGUUUUUGAUAAUGAGUUUAAGGCAUCAGUGAUAUUUUUACCUACUUGUUACAUAUAGUUUUUCAAGUAAUGACUGUGAUUGUGACCAAGUAAUGUGCACUUUUUCUUGUAACUGUGGACAUUGCUAUGCUUUUUUCUUCUAGUGUUUCUAGAAUUAUUGUUCCUUACAGUUACGUAAAUAACAAAAAAAAAACCUUUUGUGAUACUGUUGGUGAAUAUAAUGUGAAAAUCUUAUUGAAAUAUAAGUAUUUUGGAAAUACAUAGUUGCACAAACAUCUUUUACAGUGAGGAUUUAGAGUUUGUUUAUUUAAAUGAAAAUUCAAAAACUGAGGGCUGUUAUAAUUUCUGUUUUGUUUGGUUUAAUAAACAGAUUUCUGUGUUAAAA